AUGGAGCCUCUGUCCGACUUCGAUGGCCUUUCUACGCCCAAGUUCUCCGAGUCCGCACUUGUGAUCAUAGUCGCCGACUCGGAAGCUGAUUUCUUCAUUUACUCCAUCCCGGAUAGGGUGCGGUUUGGUGUUCAGCGAGCACAGCUUGCAAGCAAUAGCGAAGUAUUUCGUGAUAUGUUUGCGUGCUGUGAGCCCGAAGCAGCAAUGAAUCCUCUACGCAAUACUCUGAGCCUCCAGGAGAGCGCUCAUACGUUGGCUACAUUACUCCGGAUGCUUCAUAAUCCGCCGAGUCCGGUUCUACAACGAGGCUCGGAGGACUCGGAGGAUGAGGCCCGUGUUCAUGGAGGUGGAACAGCCGUAAUACCCUUGCCGGUGCUCCAGAUCAUGCUGAACCUUGCGGACAAAUACGCUCUCUCCGGGUCAAUUGUGGAUAACCUGCACUCCCACUUUGCAGCUCAGGUGUCGCUUUCUCCUCUUCAGAUAUACGCACAUGCGGUACAGCAUGACCUACCCCGGCUUGCCGCGGAGGCGAGCACGUAUCUCCUGUACCCUAGCUUAUCGGUGUAUACUCCUCGGACCAUUUCUAUCAUCCCGACUUCGAGCUCAUACCAUAAACUCGUCCUGCUCCAUUACGAGAGGGUAAAGCAACUUAAGGAUUUGCUUUGCGGGGAGGAGAUUUUCCCUUAUGGGUACGGGGAAUGCCCCCGUCACGGAAACGAGACCAGACUUCUGUGGCAGGAGUAUAAGAACGACCUACUCCCAAGAUUAGAGGCAGCCACCGACGUCCCUGCUGAAAUGAGCCGAAUUAUAUCGGCAAUACCUGAAUGCGAACGGUGCCUGAAGGCUUGCAACGCUGCUACGGAUAUGCUGGCGUACAAAUUCAAGAAGGUCAUCAAAAGGAUCGACCAAUUACCAUCUACGUGA